AUGUCAGACCGCCAGGUGCUUGGAGAUGCAACCUCGAGGCUUGCCAAUACGCAACCAGCAACUAUAGUUAUUAACGACGACGACCACAAUGCCCCUUCCAAGACGCUCCAAACUCUGGAACAGGCGGCGGGGACGAAACGAAAGGCACAGGAACCAGUUCCGCAACUCGAUCUCGAGGACUUCGACCUAGAAGGCAUGCCGAUUGAUACAAGCUGCAACCAGGUCCGCGGCAUGAUCAGACGAUUUCUGGAGUCUGGACAGAUGAAAAAAGGUGAAUUCUCGGAUGCUAUUGGAGUGAGCACCAAGAGCUUGAGCAGCUUUCUGGCUCAGAAUGGGCCCAUGAAGGGCGCGGAGAGCCUGUCAUACGGGAAUGCUUGGGAAUUCUUCAAAAAGCGAGAAUUGGCCGGCGUGAAAGCGCCGAAGAAGGCCAAAGCAACUGCAGCCUCUGGUAGUAGUGCUGUUCAGAUGCCCGWUAUCAGCGGGAUUACCCUUCCGGGAGAGGAGAACACGGAUGUGGAAGUGUACGAAACGUGUGAUGAGAUUCGCAAGAAGAUCAACGCACAUCUUGUGAAGCCGGGCGUCACGCAAGCGAGUUUCUGCCGCGAUCUGACAGCACAACUCCACACAGGCACCAAGAUCCAGAGCAAGCAGCUUGCCGACUUCCGCAGUAAGAAGGGUCCACGAAUGGGAAACACCAGCUCAGUGUUCUACGCCGCCUACRUGUACUUUGAGAAGAUCAGACUGGCUGAGAAGAAGCCCAAGUCGAAGCACAGGCAGGAGAUGGAGCAAACUUGGGCAGCUCAAGGAGGCUUUGACCGAGUUCACGGUGGACAUCAAGGGCUCUGGAUUUGCAGAACUGGUGAACGUCCAUCCGAGGACAAAUUGGGGCGUGUGACGUUUGAGAGGAUAGGUUAA